ACGCCCAAACAUAAACCGGAGAUACCUGUAAUGCUGCUACUGGAUAGAACAAGGUAAAUCUGCUGAAGAUUCAUUCAGUUAUUAUCUCAGAAAUUUGGAAAACAAUAAACAUGAAUUCUCAUCGCAUAUGGCUGUCAUCUCUAGUCAGAGAAAUGUUCAUCAAGAUCUUUGUGCUACAAAUAUUUUACCAGACCUGCUUCUGUACAGACUUUAUUUAUUACGUUAAAGAAGGCAGAAGUCCAGACAGUUACCUUGGAGAUAUUGCAACAGAUACUCACCUGAUGGAUAGUAUUUUGUCCAAAGACUAUAGUUCGAUACGGUUUAACCAACUGCAGAAAAAUGUCCUAAGUGACAACCAACUAUUUAAAGUUACUAAUACAGGGAAAAUAUUUACUGCUCAGACACUUGAUGCUGAAUCCCUCUGUAAAUAUAAUACUGAAUGCUUCAGAAUGGUUGAUGUAGCUGUUCAGAAAGAUCAAUCAUUCUUUAAAAUUUUGGAAAUUAAAGUUGUAAUAGAAGAUGCUAAUGACCACCAACCAGAAUUUCCUAGUAAACAUAUUAGUCUUCAGUUUUCUGAUGGAGACAAGAAGGACACAAUGAGGUCAAUCCCUAAUGCCGUCGAUAGAGAUGUUAGUGUGAAGAAUUCACAAAUAAGUUACCAACUGAAGGAGAAUAGUGAUGAGUUAUUUACUUUAAGUUUUUCUAAGAGAUUUGAUGGAUCUUAUAAUCUUGGGAUUAAUUUAGAGAAAGAAAUAGAUCGAGAAGUCAAGGAUACUUACACAUUGCAAGUUAUUGCAACUGAUGGAGGAUCUCCACCAAAACAAGGAGUUUUGAGUAUAAAGAUUUCAGUCACAGAUGUCAAUGAUAAUCCUCCUGUAUACUCACAGAACUCAUAUAAUGUUACUGUCAAUAAUCAGUACCAGAAGAAUAAAUUAGUUAUUGCUUUACAUGCAACUGAUCUUGAUGCCGAUAAAAAUGGCAGGGUAACCUAUCACUUUAGUUCAAAAACUGCAGACACAGCUCAAUUGCAGUUUCGAUUGGAUGAAAUAACUGGAGAAAUAUUCCUUCAGGAAGAUUUUCCCUAUGAAAAGCGUCAGACAUAUGAACUGUAUGUCGAAGCCACUGAUGGAGGAAACCCACCUUUAACUUCUGUUGCUAUGGUACAAGUCAACGUUGUCAACCAGCAGAAUAAUGCUCCUGUUAUUGAAAUGAACUUUGUUUCUAAGUCCUCUGACAAUAUGGCUACCAUAUCAGAAGGGAUGAAAGUUGGCAGCUUUAUUGCAUAUGUAAAGGUUUCUGACAAUGAUGUUGGCAAAAAUGGAGAGGUUGUGUGUAACCUUCAUCAUGGAAAAUUUAAACUUCAAAGUCUUGGCAAAAAUAAAUAUAAAGUUAUCCUCAAGAAUUUGGUUGACAGAGAGAAAGAAAGUCACAUUGAAUUCAUUAUCAUUUGCCAAGAUAAAGGAUCGCCCUCAAUGAAAACAGAACAGAAGUUCUCUAUUCAGGUAAUGGAUGUUAAUGAUGUACAACCACAAUUUACAAAAGAGACAUUUAAAUUUCUUACUUACGAAAAUGAAGAUCCUAGUUUCCCUGUAGGGUUUAUCAAUGCAACUGAUCCUGACCUAGGGUCUGGAGGAAAACUCACCUACUCUCUUCUAAGGAUUAGGGAACAGUCAUUUCCUUUUCAAAUAUCCGAUAUUGGAUUCAUUUUAACCACUCAGUCGAUGGACAGAGAAAGACAAGAAAUAUAUAAAUUUCAAGUGUUUGUCAGAGACAAUGGAAAUCCUUCUUUAAACAACACAGCAAAUGUUGUUGUUGAAGUUAUGGACGAAAAUGACAAUGCUCCAUAUUUCAUAUUUCCCAGUGUUAACCCUUUCAGUCUAGAUGUCCACUAUCAUCCACAAAGUAAAAAUGAUAUCACAGUCCUGAAAGCUUCUGACAGAGACAGACGCCAAAAUGCUUUUCUCAAAUAUGAAAUCCUUGGUGGUAAUGACAAACAUCUGUUUGCAAUAAACCAAUUUUCAGGUGUUUUGUCUUUUACUCGUACAGUUUACCAAAAUGAUGCCGGGUCCUAUGAUCUUAAAUUAGCUGUCAAAGACAGUGGUACUCCUGUUUUAUCAGCAACUACUACUUUAUUUUUAACAUUGACUGUCAGUAACAAAACUUCAACAAUGUUUGCAACAGUUAAUACACAGUCUGAUGACAAGAUACAUAUCAAUUUAUUUAUAAUCAUUGUUGUGGCUGCAGUUACGAUCUCAGUAGUUUUUGUUGUAGCUAUAACAAUAUGUAUUGUUAAAAGCAGCCAUCAAAGAAAUUCCGACUACUCUAAUGAAGUUGAUAAUGCUGAUAAAUUCUUGGAUGAAAAUAGACAAACUGAAUAUUUCUGUGAGCCAAUGUGUUCGCAAUAUGAUGUACCAGCUGCGAUAUCAGAAGAAGCAAAAUCUAAAGCUCUUCAACCAAUCCAGUUAAAAGCAGAACCGCAUUCUCGGUUUGACUCAAGUCACAACAAGAAAAGUUUGUUCACUGGUGUUUAUUGUACAGCAACAACAGAAUUAGCGAGCCAACCAUGUCUUCAGAAAGAAAUGGAAAUGUCAGACAGCUGGAAAGACAAAGAAAUUACAAGUUGUGAACCAAGUCAUUUUAAUAAGAAGUCCACAUUAUCACCUAUUGAUAUUAAACGACAUGGUCAAAAAGAAGGCUUUUAUGAAACACUACCAGUAGCUCAGAAAUUCUUUCACAGCAAGACCAAACUUCCAGAAAUUUUUGAACACAGUGAAAUUCAAACAAGCCACCAUGCAUCAUUUUUCUGAAGAACUGGAUUCAGUUUCCUGUGAUGCUACUAAAAUAACCUCAGCUUCUCAGAGCUGGCUGGUCUUGUGCCACCUUCACUCAAGCAUUAUCAAUUCAUCUUUCAUUUUCUUAUCAUUCUUCAAGUUGCACUGAAGACAAAUGUCUGAAGCCCCAUCCUGACCAUGAAACCACAACCUUUUCCUUCAGGAUGUUGGCCAUCUGGAGUGCCAUCCCAGCAUGUCUUUCCUGCAGCCAUCAACUGUUAACCAGCUUAAGCAGAAUGUUAAUGGCUUCACUUUCAUCAGUCUAAGGCCCGUGAAAUGCCUGAACCAACCCCUUCCUCUAGAUACAACAAAUAAAGAUGUUUAGAAAGUGUUAAGGUGUGAUUUGAGAGAGAUUUCACUGCUAUAUUGAAAGGGCUGAAUGGAAGUAGUGAGUGAUUCUAUGGAAAGGGUGGGUAAGUAAUAAAUGUUUCUGUUGUGAGUGAAAAGUAAAAGAUGUUGUUAUUAUGAAGGUGGAGUAAAGAGUAUUGCUGAAAAAAACCCCCAAAAAUGAUAAAGAAAUGAAUGUAUCUGUAGGGAGAGUGAAGUAAAAUUGCAUCCUCCCACGAAUAAUGUAAAUACUUAGUUUAUUGAGUGAGAGAGGAUUUCAAUAUGGGAAGAUCAAACUUGUCUGAAAUAGUUAUCUGAUUAUCUGGAAUUUUUUUUAUCUGAUGUAGACCAGCAAUUCUCUUUUAUAUCUCUCAUCAGUACAAUGCUAUAAAAAUUCGGCUAAACUCCACCUCCUUGCAAUCAUCUAAGACUUUGGAAAUAUUUACAUUUUUUUUUUAUUUUGUUACUGAAAAUGAUGAGUUAGUUCAGUGCUCCAUUUUAGUUAGUAGAGCAAAAAAAGUUUAGUACCUUACCUAGGUAGUGGUGUGUUUUUUUAAGUUUAAUUUCAUUACUAACUCAGAUAAAGAAGUACAAUAUCCAUUACCCACUUCUUGGCAUCAGGAGCUCAUUGGAGGAAGCGAAGUUACCCUCAGACCAGCAAACCUUGCCUGAUUGACUUCAACACUGGAUGUUAAAAGUGGCCAAAGUCUAGGUGGUGGCGUUAAACCCAGAGACAGAUGACAUGUAUCCAUUCAAGAACAGCAACAGUCACACAUGCAACCUUUCACAUAGUUUCUCUCAAGCAAAUUUCACUCACAUGUUUUUUUUUUGUUUUUUUUUUUUUCUUGAACCAAAUCAUAGCAUAAUACUCUUUUUCUGGGUUCAGCACUGUAGGAUCAAAUGCUCAAUGAUGUUGUUAUGAAGCUAACUUCUGAACUGUACAGUAGCCAUUCUUGCUCCCAUGAGAUGGUACCAGUGAUAUUUCACUAGCAUGUGAUUACAAAAGAUAUGGAUUUCUAUGAUUCAUCAAGUGUUUGACUACUUACAAGUUAUAUUUUCUUGGAGAAAAUAAAAAUUUGAAGAAAUGCUAACAAUAAACCUAUUAAACAUUUUAUGGCAUUUUCAAAAUUAUAUUUAUUUAUUUAAAAAGAAUAUUCUUUUGUAAAAGAAUAACAAUAACUGCUUCAAUAUCCAAGAUCAUUUUAUCUCUGAAUUUAAGUUUGAUUUACAGCAAGAACAGAAUUUCACAACCAGAUGUUAAAGAAGCAGCCAUUUCAUAAGAAAUAUUUUCUUUUAACUUGUGUUUAUUGGCUGUUUUCAUUAUAUGAGAACUUAGGGAAUUGUCUCAUCAAGAAAUAAAAUCUAUAAAAAUGACAAUUAUAAUGACAAUUAUAAUUUAUCUGAUGUUACAAUUCCAUUUACAUUAUUUAAAGUUGGAAAACUCGGUCUGCAAAGCUGACAUUGCUAAUGAUUCUGAGAGAACCAUGAACAUCACAAAGUCACAAUUCUCCACAGACUUCGUGUUUAUAUAAUAAAAUAUUAUUAAAUUUUGAUGCUUUAUCA